AUGUCGCGCCAACGCCUACGCCCGGCAUGCGCUCCCGAACUGGCUGGUGACGAGCAGAAACCGGUUUGCGCACAAUGUCGCAAAGGUGGUCGAGAAUGUCGGCCCAGCGAGGGCAUCGUCUUUCGCCAUCAGCAGAAUGCGUCGAUGAACAAUAGCGAGCAACAGACGCCAGAAGGCCGGGGGGAUUUGAAGGGGUUUUACUCAUAUAAAAACACGUUUGACAAGGAUAGUGUGUGGCUAGAGGUUCCGAAACACGUUAUAUUCGUCGAUAAUUCCGACCCGUACGCUGAAGAUCUCGAGAUUGCAGAGUCUAGCGCCAUCGCGCUGGCUCAGGCCCGCAAUGCGCGAUGGGGCAGUGGCUCCAGGGCUAGUGAUGCAGACUCCCACAGCUUGGAGGCCUUGUCUGCAGUCGCAAGCCACGAUCGCUUCCCUUAUUCCCCCAUGGCGCACUCCGUCUCCGACAGCGUCUCAUAUCCUUCUCCGAACCGGUCGCGAAGCAGUGCCAUGCCUCCUCCCGCAUCGCCAUCCAUUUCCAUUUCCGCCAGUAGUAAUAACACCAAUAUCAACUUUCUCCUAAACCCAUCACACUCGCUAUCGCCGCCCAUCGACCCAUCCAUGACACCCGAUCAAAGAAGCGCCUCGCUACCGUCACGCCCGGCCACGUUAUCAAGAUCUGUUGUAGAAAAGAAUAUGGAUAGUCAUGCCGAGACAGACUUUGAGGUUGCAUUUCUGCUACGGCAUUAUACCGAAGGGCCAGGGUUAUGGUACGGCGCAACCCAACUUCAACCCCUAGAUCUCAAGUUAACAACGCUCCACAGGAUGGACCUAUUUGACCUCGGUACAUAUUUUGCAUCCUGCGUCCCAGUGCGCGCGAGAUCGAACCCCCUUCUCAAAUACGCUGCAUGCGCAUAUGCAGCAAAACAAUUAGGUCGAGUCAAGGGCGCAAAGGCAAAGAUGGGCGGCGUAUGCUCUCGACAAGCCAUCAUGGAGGUAUGGCACGACAAAGAUACUGAUUUUGCCUGGCUUGGGGCGAAGUAUUAUGAAAAAGCAAUCCAGCUGUUGAUGAAAGAGCUUCAACCCGAUGCAGAGGCUCCGCCUCCACUAAGCACGCCAGAAGCCUUUGGACAGUGGCAGGCGAACGAGCUUUGCGAUGACACAGAGAAUCCGCGUAAACGACGGCGGCGGGUCUCCAACAGUAGACUAUCGCGGGGAGUUCACUCGGAUGAAAUCUUGGCGGCGACGGCGAUAUUGUCGGUAUAUGAAUUUCUCGACGCAACGGGUCCGGCAUGGAAUCGUCAUUUGAGUGGAGUCAAGUCUCUCCUAGAUGUCGCUGAGGUUGGAAUAAUGCCACUGGAGCACCAUUCAUCGGAUGGAGACAGUCCGUAUCAGUACCAGAAGUCUCGUCUCGCCAGAGCGCGCAAGGCGGCGUUUUGGAAUUUUGCCCGACAGGAUUAUCUUGCUGCAUUCAUCAAUGAAUGCCACACAAGGCUGAACACAGAAGACAUCGUGCUGUGGACUGAAGCCGGGUUGCUGCUCGACCAAAUGGGCUUUGUGCAGCCCAGCAACUUGGGUGAGGCAGGAUACCCCGAGGGUAACGACGUAAUGAAGGAAGACCAAAUUUGCAAUGCGCUGGUUUGGAUCAUGUCGAAGAUUGUCAAUCAUAUAAGCUCGGGUGACAACCUCAAUACGAACGACACCCGGUCUGUAGAUAGUGGACCCCUUGGUGUCUCCCAACAGGUCAUGCUUGAACGAUGGUACAGACUCGAGGCCGAGCUGGACACAUGGUACAGCGGUCUACCGGACACAUUCAAGCCUUGCGCGAGGAUCGACCCGUCCCGCAUCGCGCAUUACCGCCCUGUCGAAGAAGCCAAGGACCUCACCACACUGCAAGAAAUCUGGCACAGCAUACCAAUGUGCGCAUCCAGCAUGCAGCACUACCACAUGGCUCGUAUCCUGUUGUUAAUCAACAAACCACACGAAUCAACUUCCCGGCGGAGCACCAUCACAUUGCGGCUGCAGUCGUAUCGGUCCAUCGAGGCCGAGAUCGGAUUCCACAGUCGCGAGAUCUUGGGAAUUGGGCUGGCGCGGCCGGACGGUGCCGUCAGAAUCAAUUCCUUGCAGCCGCUGUUUGUCGCGGGCCAGUGCCUGACCGAUCCGCGCGAGCGUCGCACGGCGAUUCGAUUGCUGCGUGCAAUCGAGGCAGACCUGGGAUGGGCGACCGAGUAUCGGGUGCAACAGUUGCUGAAGGAAUGGGGAUGGGAAGAGAGUUUCCUGCACUCGGUAGCGGGGACUUGA